UAAUCCCAUCAUGUUGUGGCAAACGGUCUACCUGCUCGUCUUGGCGUGCGCCGUUGUCAGCACCACACCGAUCCUCUCCAGCGUCGACGAGGAGAGCGUUAGAAAACCCCGUCACAUUGGAGGAUUUGGAGGUGGCGGAGUCGUAGGAGGUGGCAUCGUAGGAGGCGGCAUCAUCGGAGGCGGAGGAGUUGCUGCCCCCAUAGUGGCAGCCCCUGCUAUCCAAACAGUUCCCGUUGUGUCCACUGUGCCCAUCAUCACCACUGUUCCCGUCAUACAGACGAUACCCAGCUAUGGCUAUGGAUAUGGCGGUGGCUACCCCAUUGGAGGAGGAUUGGGCGGACUUGGUGGCAUCGGCGGCGGCGGCGGAUUCGUUGGCGGCGCUGUUGGAUUUGCCAAGUUCAAAGGCGGUUUCUUUGGCUAGAUGUUUCCGAAUAAAUCUCAGCGUUUCUUGAGACCCACUAGUGUAAACAAUGAAUAAACAAAAGUACUGCGAGA